AUGCCCCUGCGGCCUCAAAGAGUCUUUAAGCCUCUGUCGAACGGCUACAUCUCUCUGCCUUCGCAGUUGUUUGUGAUGAGCGGUCCGACGUACGAUAAGGGAGAAAUCACUCCCCCUUCGAGUCUUCGUCAUCCUCCCUCUCCUCCUCCGACAGACGAGAAGGUGGCGCGUGACGCGACCUUCGUUCGGCAGCAGAUCGCACAUCACAAGUCUGGCAGCGCGAGCCAGACAAUACUCAAGGUUGACAGGAGAGAGUGGAAUACUGUGAAAGAGCUGCUGCAACGAGACGACAAGAUACAUUUCGAUUAUUUUCCUUCGAGCGAGCACCUCUUUCUGCGUCUGCCCACAAAAAUUCAUGAGCUAUUCUUGCGCAGCCUCAGUGGGCGUAUUAGUGAACAUCUGCGUCUCCUAUCCCGCGAGUCUGGGCCAGCUGCAGAGUUUGCGAAAGAUAUCCGAGACGUUGGGUCUGCUACGAUAAGGGCUCGAGAUCCGGACUACGGGAGCCACGAUCCAGACAGUUCCUUCCAGCAUCUUAGAUCGCCAUUACCCACGGUGAUUAUCGAGGUAGCGCAUUCACAGAAUGGGAGGAUAUUGAGAAAUCUUGCGGAGGAAUACAUUUUCGGAAACGAUCUUGUGAUUCGGGUUGUGGUAGGAGUUGACAUUGAGUACAGCAAGAACAAAAGGGCUGUCUUUUCAGUCUGGCGGGCAAAAGAGCAGAGCUCUGGAGCUGACAAAUUUUGGGUUGUCGAAUCUACGGUCACGAACCAAAUAAGUCUGGCUGAAUCCUCUGUCUGGCAAAAGAUUGACGAAUAG